AUGGAAAUGAUCACUAGUCAAUUCGUCAAUUUAUUUCUUCUUUAUCCUCUUAUCGAACCCGUAUUUCUUUUCUUCUUUUUUCCCUCUGCUUUGUUCCUCCUCCCCUCUUUUAAUCAAAUUCUCUUUUUCUCAUUUACUCCUCCUCUUUUUAUAAUUCACCUCUAUCUGCUCCUCAAUCACAUUCUCUUCUCAUUUACUCCUCCUCUUUUCUAUUCACCUCUACCUGCUUCUCAGUUAAAUUAUCUUUUUCUCAUUUACUCCUCCUCUUUUUAUUAUUCACCUCUACCUACCUUCACUUUUUCUCAUUUACUCCUCCUCAUUUUAUUAUUCACCUCUAUCUGCUCCUCAAUCACAUUCUCUCUUUCUCUUUUCCUCCUCCUCUUUUACUAUUCACCUCUACCUGCUCCUCAGUUAAAUUCUCUUUUUCUCAUUUACUCCUCCUCUUUUUAUUAUUCACCUCUAUCGGCUCCUCAGUCAUAUUCUCUUUUUUCUCUUUUGCUCUACCUCUUUUUAUUAUUCACUUCUACCUGCCUCUCAGCGACAUCCUCUCUUUCUCUUUUACUCCUCCUCUUUUUACUAUACACCGCUAUCUGUUACUCAGUUAAAUUCUCUUUUUCUUAUUUACUCCUCCUCUUUUUAUUAUUCUCCUCUGUCUGCCCCUUAAACACAUUCUCUUUUUCUCUUUUACUCUACCUUUUGUUUCUCAUUCUUACUCUUUUUACUUCUAAUUCUUCCUCCUCAACCUUUGUCUCUUUUUCUCUUUUAAUCCCUCACUUUUUAUUCUUCCCCUCUAUCUCUUGUACUCAUUAUUCCAUUUCUUCCUUACCUAUAUCUCCUCCUCCUUCAGAUUCAUCACAUUUUCUCUUUUACUCCUCUUUUCAUUCUUCACCAUUAACUACUCAGCUUUCAACUAAUACUCCUUUUAUUUCUACUACGACUCUUUUGGUCUUCCCCUCUACCUACUCAUCCUUCCUCUUCGUCACAUUUUUCUUUCACUCCUCUUUUUAUUUCACCUCUAUCUACUCCUCCUUCACCUCGUCUCUUUUACUCCUUUUUUUUAUUCUUCAGCUUUAUUUCACUUACUCCUUUUAUUCUUCAUCUCUAUCUACCCCUCGUUCACCUUCCUCUCUUUUCCUUUUUUACUCCUCUUUUUGUUUUUCAUCUCCUCCCGCUCUCUACUGUUUUUCUUUUCACCCCUACUCUUUUUUAUUAUUCGCCACUAUCUCCUCCACCUUCGCCUUCAUUUUCCUUCCAAUUACUACUUAUUUUUCUCUUUUUCUUCUCUUUUUGUCCUUCACCUCUAUCUCCUCCUCCUUCAACUUCGUCUCUUUUUCUCUUUCUCUUUUGUUCUUUACCUCUAUCUUCUCCUCCUUCAACUUUGUCUCUUUAUCUCUUUUUCUCCUUCUCUUUUUGUCCUUCACCUCUAUCUCCUCCUCCUUCAACUUCGUCUCUUUUUCUCUUUCUCUUUUGUUCUUUACCUCUAUCUUCUCCUCCUUCAACUUUGUCUCUUUAUCUUUUUUUUUCUCCUUCUCUUUUUGUCCUUCACCUCUAUCUCCUCCUCCUUCAACUUCGUCUCUUUUUCUCCUUCUCUUUUUGUUCUUCACCUCUUUCUUCUCCUUCUUCAACUUUGUCUCUUUAUCUCUUUUUCUCUUUCUCUUUUUGUCCUUCACCUCUAUCUCCUCCUCCUUCAACUUCGUCUCUUUUUCUCUUUCUCUUUUGUUCUUUACCUCUAUCUUCUCCUCCUUCAACUCUGUCUCUUUAUCUCUUUUUCUCCUUCUCUUUUUGUUCUUUCACCUCUAUCUCCUCCUCCUUCAACUUCGUCUCUUUUUAUCUUUUCUUUUUUUUCUUUACCUCUAUCUUCUCCUCCUUCAACUUAGUCUCUUUAUCUCUUUUUCUCCUUCUCUUUUUGUCCUUCACCUCUAUCUCCUCCUCCUUCAACUUCGUCUCUUUUUCUCUUUCUCUUUUUGUCCUUCACCUCUAUCUCCUCUUCUUUUUUACUCCUCUUUUUGUUCUUCAACUCUAUUUACACUUCCUUCCACUCUGUCAUACAUUUUCUUUUAUUCCUUAUACCUUUUAUUUUUUAACAGUAUCUCCUCCUCCUCUUCCUUCUCCUCCUCUUCCUCCUCCUCCAUCUCCUUCUUUUCUGAUAUUUACCUCUAUCUUUACCGCUUUUAUGUUCGUAUAUUUUCCCUUUUACCCCCUUCUCUUUUCAUUCUUCAAUUCAAUAAACUUGUCCUUCACGUUCUUUUCUUUUUCUCUUUUUUCACCUCUAUCUCCUCCUCCUUCAACUUCUACUUCACCUCUAUCUCCUCCUCCUCCAACUUCGUCUCUUUUUCUCCUUCUCUUUUUGUCCUUCACCUCUAUCUCCUCCUCCUUCAACUUCGUCCCUUUUUCUCUUUCUCUUUAAUACUUCACCUCUAUCUCCUCCUCCUUCAACUUCGUCUCUUUUUGUUCUUCUCUUUAAGUUCUUCACCUCUAUCUCCUCCUCCUUCAAAUUCAUCUCUUUUUCUCCUUCUCUUUUUGUCCUUCACCUCUAUCUCCUCCUCCUUCAACUUUGUCUCUUUAUCUCUUUUUCUCUUUCUCUUUUUGUCCUUCACCUCUAUCUCCUCUUCCUUCACUUUCCUCUCAUUUUCCCUUUUACUUCUUCACUUUUUCCUUCUUCACUGCAAUCUUCUUCCUCCCUUCACCCUCUUCACUUUUUGUCUUUCACUCUUUUAUUUCUUCCUUCCUGUCUUUCGCAAUUUUCUUUUUCACUUUCUUCUCUCUUUCUCAUUCUUUUCCCCACCUCUUUCUUCUCCAUUAACUGUUUAUUCAUUUACAUUUUCUCCAUUUUCUGCUCCUCAUUUUCUUCUUUCUCCCAUUGUUUUCCUUCUUCUCAAUUUUCUCGCAAUAUUAUUUUUUCUUAAUAAACCUAAUCAUCAUUAUUUUAACCAUAUUUCUCAUUUCUGUACGUCUACAUAUAAGGAAUUCGUUCCGCCUCUUUUAUUUCUUUUCUUUUACUUCUACCUCUCUUUCCUCGCUUUUGAGCUCUUGUUUCUUUCUUUCUUUUUUUCUUUUUAUCAUUUUAUUCUUUUUCGUCUCCUUUUUUCUUCUUCUUCUUCUUCUUCUUCUUCUUCUUCUUCUUCUUCUUCAUCAUCAGACUUACCGCUCUCACUGCAUUCUUCUUACUUCUUUUUUACUCUAAUUAAAUGA